AGAUUCUUUAGUAUAUGACGCGGCACGGGGAAGAGGACAAAGGCGACACUGCGGCGCGUCCCGAAGCGGCAGCAUUAGUAGCCAUACGCAAGCCGUGCAAGUAUCUUCGAUAAUGAUGAAUCGAGCAGUUACAUCUGUACUCUUUUGUGCCGUGUUGUGCUCUUGUUACGCGUCGAGUGUCGCGUACAGGGAUUGCGGCUCGACAUUGAGUAAUGUCACCGAAGUGUCAAUUCCGGGCUGCCACGAGAUGGACGCAAGGUGCACUCUUAUACCUGGCGUUAACAUGAUGCUGUCCAUCAAAUUUAUACCUAAUGUUGACAUCUCACAGGUGAAUGUCUUUGCACAUGGCGUGGUGUAUCACGUCUCUUCACCCCUACCGCUGGACGAACACGACGUGUGCAAAGAUCCUUACAGCGGAAUACAGUGUCCUUUGGAGAGGGGCCAGGAGUAUAAUUAUAUGUACAUGCUUUCUCUACACAAGAAAACCCCGAACUAUCGCCUGGACCUUAAAUGGGAGUUUCAGGACGCGGAAGGGGAGAAAAUAGUGUGUGUAAUAAUUCCUGUCCAAGUUAGAGUAGUCAAAGAUUAACAUUUAUAUUGAUUCAAUUGUAAAAGUUUGUGCAAGGAAGUGAUUUAACCUUUUUGUAAUUCCAAUUUUUUUAAAUAAAAACCAAUGAUUUUUUUUUUUAA